AUGGACGCAUACCCCGAAGACUACGUAAACCACAACCUCCCUCUAGUCCUGUUGUCAGGACUUGAGGCAGGCGUGGAAGAUGAGAGUGGCCCAUCUAUCGAUUACCCUCUUCUUGCUGAGACGGGACCUAAGAUCUUCUCUGAUUUCCCCCGCUGA